AUGGAGGCGACCACCACUUUGACGAUGUUGUCCGAGUCGGCUUCCGAUUUUUCAACCUCGACUGCUCCUUCGACAUCGUCCACCAUCUGCGCGGUGACCCAUGACAGUCGUUCUAGCACAUAUCUCGCCAGCGACGAAAAAUCGACAAAUUCUCAGAACGACCACGACGGCGGCUCUCAGGCAUCUACACAUGUUAACAGCAGCCAUGCCUGGGCCUCUGACGACAAACUCGAGAAGGGUGUCAGCCUUGACUCGAAACUCAACGCGAACAUUGAUAGCAACGCGGGGAGAGAGAGAGAUCUCGGAUUUGCCUUCCCAAAUUCAUUCUUAGCGAACGGGCUAUUAUUCGACCCUUACCUCGAUUCAUCGUUGUGGGAGACCGUGAAGCCAGAGCCAGAGGAUGGGAGAUGCAUGGAGCGAUCUUUAACACUGCGAUCUUUGGUUAUUGGUUCGCUAGUUGGAUGCCUUGGGGCAGCAAUAUAUCAAGUAUAUGUAUUGAAACCGGUGUUCGCGGUGGUUAACAACACGUUCCUGAUAGUCGUAGCCUAUAUAGGCGGGUCAUUCUGGGCGGCUGUUUUACCAAAGGCACCGUCUAGAGGAGAACAAAAUGUCGAGAAAAGGCGGAAGGAUGAAGCGUCUAGGAGCUUUGGCGACAGAAUACUGUGCGUCAUAAACCCUGGGCCAUUCUCCCUUGGAGAGCACGCAAUUUCCUCGAUGAUUGCCAUGGCUGCUGCGAACGGAAGCCUCGCUGUGCAGACACUCUCAGUGCAAUAUUUGUACUACGACACCCAAGUGGAUCUCCUCGCGGCCUCUUUAUUUAUAUUCUCCACGACGUGCUUUGGGUGUGCCCUAGCGGGACUUUUCCGACAUUUCACUGUCAAGCCGAAGGGGCUGAUAUAUCCGAGUGUAACUAUUCCAGUUGUGCCUCCCCUGUCGUUACUCCGGGGUGAGCCUACAACGUCUCUGCCCAAUGCUCAUGCUGACGUGAAACCAGUCUUCCACGCCGAGCCAGAUUCCGACCGGCAGUGGCUGUCGAAAGGUUUCUCAUUCACCUUCUGGACAACCUUCAUCUACGAAAUUUUCCCCGCCUACAUUUUCCCUCUCCUAAACGGAAUCAAUAUAUUUUGCUUGGCGUCCCAGACAUCCACAUCGCAGAUCCUGCAGGACGCAUUUACGAGUUUGUUUGGGGGUGCUAGUGGAAAUGAAGGACUCGGGCUGUUCAGUGUCUCUUUCGACUGGCAAUUCAUUGGUUCCUCCUUUCAAGGAUAUGCCCUCUGCUAUUGCGCCACCAUGGGCAUCUACUACUCGAACAUCUGGAAUGCGUUCAACCUUCCUAUUUUGGCGACCACCAUCUUCUCUCCGAACGGGACGGUCUAUGACCACACGGCGAUCAUGGACGAGAAUUUCAAUAUCAUCCCAGAAGCAAUCAGAGAACAAGGUGCUCCUGGCCUUACAGGAUCCUUUCUGUGGGCGAAUAUAGCAUCUAAUCUUGGUGUUGGAAGCUUGAUCGCUCACGCUCUUUGGUUCAUCGGACCAAGGUUGCUCUUCCCGUUUAUGUACAGGGGUUCGAAGGAAGGGAAGGCGCCCAGAUUCACGGUGGUCUUGAGGCAUCCGUAUAUCUCCCAAAUGCCCUAUAUGCUGGCGCUUAUCGCAGGGACGAUAGCUUUUCCACUCGCGAAUUCGCUCAACGCGUACCUGGGACAUUGGAUGUUGCCAAUGCACGUAGCUAAGAUGGUUGGCAGUUUGGUCCUCCCUGGGAACCCUCUGGGAAUUCUAUACUUCUCGACUUGGAGCGAAAGCGCCGUGUCAAACGGCAUGUACUUCACCUCACAGCUAAAACUCGGCCAAUACCUCAAAAUACCCUCUCGGGUAAUACUCUUCACACAAAUCUGGGGUCUUUUGUUAGCUACCAUGGCCAGGGUCAUCGAACAUCAACAAGAAGCUUUCACGAGCCCUAUCGGAACCAACAUAUGGAACGGUCAAGUUCCACAGAUCUUAAACAGCGAGGUUGUAACCUGGGCGCUUGCGAAAGAGUUAUACAGCUUCGAUGGGCCUUACUUUAUCGUGCCUCUGAGUCUCCUGCUGGGCGCUUCUCUGACCACAAUUCAAGCUCUGCUUCACCGGAUCUGGCCAAACCUUUGGUUCUUAGACGGUAGCACCCUGAUGCUUCCCGUCGUUUUCAUGUACUCAUCCAUAAUGACCUUCGGCAUCACCUCCUCCAUCAUCUCAAGCAUCCUAGUUGGAAUCAUUUGUCAACUCUGGAUCCGAAACCGCUGGCCAGUCUGGUUCAAUGACCACAGUUUGAUCUUUGGGAGUGCACUCGACGGGGGAGCGCAGUGCAUGUUGCUUUUGCUUUCGUUCACUGUCCUUGGUGGGAUUGAAGGGUCGCACAAGCCUUUCUGGCAGUGGGUUGGAAAUCCAGUCGUUGGAAACGUGGAUUAUUGUAAUGGGAAUGGCGCGCUGGAUCGUUGA